CAGUUGACCGGUAGUGACUCGAAGUACUCAAUAAUCUGGGUAGCUGUUUGCACCGGGACAUCUCGCAGCAAAACGAGCAACAAACUACAGUGAACAGUUUAAUACACGAGUUUAAUUCACUGAGAGGGGUUUCUACCGACCAGCAGCGAUGAGCUUCUUCGGUUUUGGACAAAGUGCGGAGAUCGAUAUAGUCCUAAAUGACGCCGAGACGAGGAAGAAAGCCGAGCACAAGAGCGAAGACGGCAGGAAGGACAAGUAUUUUCUGUUUUAUGACGGAGAAACGGUGUCAGGAAAAGUCAACGUAACGCUGAAGUACCCGGGGAAGAGGCUGGAGCACAACGGCAUCAAGAUCGAGUUUAUCGGGCAGAUAGAGCUGUACUACGACAGAGGGAACCACCAUGAGUUUGUGUCUCUGGUGAAAGACUUGGCUCGACCAGGAGAGCUCACACAGUCGCAGACGUUCGACUUUGAGUUCACACAUGUAGAGAAACCCUACGAGGCGUACACCGGUCAGAACGUCAAGUUACGCUACUUCCUGAGGGCGACAGUGAGCCGGAGACUGAAUGACAUCAGCAAAGAGCUGGACAUCGUGGUUCACACACUCAGCACCUACCCUGAACUCAACUCCUCCAUCAAGAUGGAAGUGGGCAUCGAGGACUGUCUACACAUAGAGUUUGAGUACAACAAGUCCAAGUAUCACCUAAAAGACGUCAUUGUAGGAAAGAUUUAUUUUCUGCUGGUGAGGAUUAAGAUCAGACACAUGGAGAUCGACAUCAUAAAGAGAGAGACGACAGGAACAGGGCCAAACGUCUACCACGAGAAUGACACCAUAGCAAAGUAUGAGAUCAUGGAUGGAGCACCGGUCAGAGGAGAGUCAAUCCCCAUCAGGUUGUUUCUCGCCGGCUAUGAGAUGACGCCGACCAUGAGGGACAUCAACAAGAAGUUCUCAGUGCGGUACUACCUCAACCUGGUCCUCAUCGACGAGGAGGAAAGACGUUACUUCAAACAGCAGGAGAUCACCCUGUGGAGAAAAGGAGACAUAGUGAGGAAGAGUAUGUCUCACCAAGCCGCCAUCGCCUCCCAGCGCUUCGAGGGCUCAUCAAAUCCUGAGAGAACCACCAACCAGAACAGUGAGGAGGACAGCUAGAGCCCCGCCCCCACACUUCACCUGUGUGUGAGUGUGUGUGUGUGUGUGAGCGAACACAGCGCAGAAAUAUCAGCAAAUGUCUGAAUGUGAAUAUCACUUGUUUGCAUCUAGAUAGAAUGAGCUGCAGUGUUUUUAAGGAUGUGUGUGUGUGUGUGUGUGUGUGUGUGUGUGUGUGUGUGUGUGUGUGUGUGUGAGUGUGUGAGUGUGUGUGUGUGAAGGGAACAAACAGUCCGACCAGGCUCAGACUAAAGUUUCCUAAGUGUUUGUUUUACCUACCUUGGAGUACCAGCUGGGUGGAGUUAACCACAUCACGACUCAUUCUCAUGAAAAAAAGAAUUGACUUUAAAGUGCUUGACUUGAUUUUGUUUCAGAGUCCAGUGUGGCAAACUCCGCCCGUCAGAUGCACUUAAACAUCAUUUGAAAAUACCAUUUGACCAAUAUGAUGAAUUCACAUCUGUGUACGAGUGUGCAGUGUGUGCUGGGAAAACUUUUCCGACAAACUUCUCUCUCUGCAGGGAAUUAGGGCCAUGCUGAACCUAUAGUCAUGCAUUAUGUUUCUGAAAACAAAGUGUUAAAACUAAAGAUUUUACUCAUGGACUGUUUAUAAGAAGUGGAUUUAGUGGAUUUCUUCACAUUUUGGCCUUUUCCACCUUUAAUGUCUGGAGCCAGACGUGACCAUAUUUAGACGAGAGGGUGGGAGCAGGAGAUGAAGAAGCGAUUAACAAGCGCUAAGUGAUGAGCUAACUCAUAACUCUUGUAAGACAGGUGAAUCCAUAAUCCUUAAUAGCUGUGAUUUUAAAUGGGAUGACACUUUUCAAGCGACUUGUAAAUCAGGCCACAGAGCUUCUCUUGCUUUUUAAAGGAAUAAUUAUUGACAAAAAGAACAUCAAGCAGUAUUAAAGAAGAUUUAAAAACUACACUUGGGACCAUAGACUCGUCAGGAACAUGUUUACGUUCUAAUGGACACAUGAACCACACACACACACACACACACACACACACACACACGCACACACACACAUAGUCGUGCUGCCAAUUCAAAAAUGUAUCACAAAGUGGAGAGGAGACUUCACAUUACAUACUUUGACCACAGGGGGCACCAAUAUCCACACUUACUGAAAGAUCAUUGCAGUUACCUCAAAUUUAGUAAUCAGGUUUUCUUUUUUAAAGAUUAAUUUUCCUUACUACUACUGUAAGAGUCCUCGGUUUGAUUUAGACGGUUCAUUCAGGAAGUGAUGAUUCAUCCAAUUCUUUCAAACUCAACCAAUGAGAUUCUGGCUAAUCUUCACAACCUUUCACAAAUUUGAACAAUAACACAAUUUUUCCCACAGACGUCAACAAGCUUACUUCUUCAAGACCCCAAACAUCCAUCUGCAUUGUUGUUUAAACAUCAGAGGGUGUAGUUUAGUUUAUCCUGUUUGUUGUAGAAUUCAUUCUUUUGCAGUUUAGACAGAAAUCAGAAACAGAUCAAAUGAGUUUGAGAUCAAAUAAGAUGAUUUUUAUUUUCUACGUCAGUGAAAUAUUCUACUAAUAUAGAAACUAUCAUAUCUAUGUUCAUUUCUGCUGAUCUGUUCAGUCGAGCUUGCAUUAAAUACUAGCGAGCUUCCUCCUUUCUCUAGAUUUUCUGCGCCCUGCGGCAGGAUGUGAACCGUGCAUAAGCUGAGCUUUUCUUAUGGGCAGUGUGGCUGCUCUGACGUCGCAGGUUUAAGGCACUUCCUCGUUGGCUUUACUUCUCAGAGCUGGAGACUACAUCCACUUCUUAUUGACAGUCAGGGAUCUUACAGUUUGUCCUUUUUAUUCGUCCUCAAGAGAGUGUGACAUUAUGACAUUAACUACUUUAAGAUAAUUUGCUGUCGCUCACUGCUGAGAAACUUCUCCUUUAAUUCAGUCGGAUUUUUAAUUUCUUUAAAAAAAGAGAGCAAUGACUCUAAAAAAAAAGGACAUGAAAUAACUUUUGAAAAUGUUCUUAAUUGAAGAAAAAGCUUGACAUGUUUGAUAAAACUAUGCUUAACAUAUUUUCAUACAUUCCAUCAGAAAUAAGCAUGACUGUAGAGUAUUUAUUUUCUAAGAAAUGUCAAUUUUUUAAUCCAACAUUUGACACAUUUGAUGCAUCAUUUGGUCGUGGCUCUGUCUGGUGUUGCCACCGCUGCUAAAACAAAAGUGGCACGUUCGAGCGCUGUGGGAUUUUCCUCCGUCUAUGUUUCCUCUGUGAUAGUUGGAAGCCCUGCUUUCUUAUUUGCACUAUGAUCUCAUUCUGCUUCUUCUGCUCUCAGUGCUGCUCAUGAGCUCUGUGCAGGGCUCGAUAGAGGAGUAAUAAAUAAAAUAUCACUUCCUAUCUUGUGCAGACAGUAUUACACCGGUGUUCAGUGACAAAGGCGACAUACAGCUCUUCUCAUUUCUCUGUUAUGUGACACCUUGUCUUCACAAAUCCUCCUCACUUUGAUUGGAAAUCGAUCUCAGUCGGCCAUUUUUACAAUUUCUCAACUCUUAUUUUUCAUUUGGGGGAGCAAGCAGGGAGAACAGUUGAAGCUUGGUGGAGGAGCUCAAUGUGAGGACGCACAGGGGCAUCCAUCGCCCGAGUCUUAUGAGACACACAACACACAGCUAGAAUCCAACUUUCCAGUAGUGUUGAUGUAGAGUAUACCAUCACUGUGACUUUUUCACAACGUGCCGGGUGUUUCACAUCCAAGGGUUUGUGAAUACAGUUCAUAAAUAUUACAGCAGACGGUCUAAUUUAACAAACCUAGCCCUAAUGAAUGAAUUUAAUAAACUCAAACUAACAAUAAUCUGCACUUCCUUAUUGCUUUGAGUUUGAACCAUCACAUGCUACAUCAGGCUGUUGUACUGAAUAUCCACAUGCUUGUAUUAUUUCCUUAUGAACCAAUCAAAGCCUGUUGAGUUCAAUUUAAUUUAUUUGAGAUAUACUGUAUAUUAAAGGGUACAGUACAUGCAGUGAGAUAAUUUUUGCCUUGACAGCUUAUGAUCCUUCAAAAUAAAUAAAAAAGUAAAUAAAUUAAAAGCCACAUAAAAAAAGAUUUGCUUCUCUUAUUUGCUUCAUCCAUCAUAGCUCACUAACUGUUUCAUGUGAAGAAGAGAAGUCACAAAUAUUUGACACAGGUCUGUAAAUACAGCAUGAGGCUGUAAAACAACAGACUCAAGAUGCAGCUGUGCCACUUUGGGAUGUCUCAUUUCCUUAAUUCUCCUCAUCCUUACGUCGACUCCUCUCUCCUCAUGUCUCCUCCUCUGCUUGCAUCCCAUGUGGGAUAAAAGAAAUCAAAGACGCACAAGAAGAGUAAUGAGAAGAGCUUCAGUCCCUCCUCUUGUUAGGCUGCUGUGACUGACUGCCCUGUUUGGUUAGUUAGAUUUGUGCCUAAAGGAUUUAUUGCCAAAUUCUGUCAGUGCAAUAUGGAGAACUAGUGCUACAGUGUACUGCGCCCCCCCCCCCCCCCCCCACAUCUGAUUCAGACUGUGCUCAUUAAUUUGUCCACUUCAGUCACUUUGAAUAAAUUACUAUAUUGGGUUGAUUGUAAAAAAACAGUAGUGUCAAAUAAUUUUAUUGUGAAAAAAUGAAUGUAAGAAGGUGUACUCAGCCCUAUUAACUUUAACCUGAGUAUCUUUGUUAAUUAACCAGCUUUUAUUUUAUUGUUUCUAACCUUACAGUAGAUAUUGAGUGCCAUUACUUCUUAGCUUUUGUUUCCUUUUGAACUUCUCUCCUGAUGAGCACACUUGAGAGUGAGAUGUGUGCAGCACUGAACUAAAAUCCAGCUCUCCGCCUGUCCUCAAUACUCGCCCCAGCUGCAACUUUUAUUGCUUAACGAGCUAACGCUGUGCUACGCUACAAACUCUUAUCACUGUGCAUCAUGUCAAACUUUUAGACAGUUUUAUAUUCUGUACUUUUCUGGCAGCGUGGGGACUUAGUUUUUGUUUUCAUGUGCUGUUUAAAACAUGUGCACUGUCUGCAGACUGCUGUUCAGUUAACUGCUCAAAUAAAGAAAACAGCUGCCUAACUAGUACAGAUCUGAGAAAAGACACUGAUUUUAAUUCACGGUGCCUGACUUAAAGAAGGACCAAGUUUUCUUUUAUGUCAUAGUUCUUUCUUCUUCCUCAUGAACUGAAACCUGGUUUGCAUCAAGGGACUCAUGCAAACUAUUAAGGGUGGGGAAUCUUAUAUAUAUAUAUAUAUAUGCCCUCACUGAUCUAUCUCUUUCAAAUUUUAUUUUUUCUUGCAUGAAAUAACCGCUAAAUCCUUUUUACAAAGCCCAUAUCACAUUUUAUUGGAGUUUGAGUUAGCAAUGAGUGAACGACUGUUCAGUAACUUCUUAGACUGUAUAAAACAUGGACGUAGUCUCAGUGAUGUCAACUAACUUUCAGCUUGGGUGGAGUUGAGGCAGCCUUAAGCCUUCUGGCAAACGGCUACAAUGUGCCCACCUGUUUGUCAUCCCAGUCAUGCCCCUACUUCGUAUUCAAAUGUAUGUAUAACUCUUAGCCUUAACUUAAUCUAAACAAACAGGUAACAAAAAAAAUGUCAACCCUUUUACAGUUUUGACCAAUAAAAACAUUUGCUAUUGAGACCCAAAUCAUUUUUUGUACAGGGCUGUAAACAUGUUUAUUUCUGCUGUAAAGAUGGGCGUUUUAAUAUGGGUGUUAAUGGGGAUUUCUUGGCUUUUGGAGCCAGCCUCAAGUGGACACUGGAGGCACUGCAGUUCUUUCGCACCGGCUUCAAUUUUCACCACCAGAAGUUGCAGCAUGUUUUUCUUCUCAUGGGGUCUGUUAAUAGCUAGCUUACAGCUAACAUGCAGUUUGUCUAGCUGUGGAGUAUUUCUUUCUAUUUCUGUCUGAACGACCAUUAAGAAAACUGUGGUUGAUUCAGAACUCACUUUUUAUGGAAGGUUUUUUCUCAAAACUGACACCUUGCUUUCACUUUCUCGUCGAAAAUAUAGUGAUGAUGCAGAGACCCGGUGUUUGUUGUAAAAAUCAACCUGUAGCUAAUGAAAAAGCCUUUUCUACAGUAAACUUAUAAAUAAAAGAUAAACAGGUUUUGUGAGACAUGCCACUUGUUUAAACAACUCUUUCAUUGGUUCUAUUUUUGCUAAAGCGACAUGGCUAUCUAUCUGGACAAUUUUGUGCGCUACAUUUGCUAACCUACCCCCACCUAACCUCCAUGACCUAACCUUAUCCCCGCCCCCCUGCCCCCCUUUAUAUGUUUUUUUAAAGGUCUCUGAUUUGUUUAAAAGGUAUUCUUUAUUUUUUCACUGCCUAACUCUGUGUCCUUUAUUUUAGCAGUUACCUACGUUAAUUCAAAUAUAAAUCUGUUGAAUAAAAUCAGACAUUCAAGUAACCUUUAGAGCAUAUCAUUUAGAUUUGUGUUUUUGUUUUGUCCUGUGUCUGUGAUUACAUUUGCCAGUACUGGUACAUGCAGUAGCUAAACUAAGAGUGUGUAGGCUAAAGGAGAGUGACCCGAGCUGAUGAUAGGAACCAAUUAAUGAACUGUACAGUGUAAAUGCACAAUGUAAAUGCUACCCUUCUCUUUCAUGUGAUGUUUUGUCAUAUCUUCACUUUUCUGUCUAUAAAUGUUGAUUUUAAUCAUUUUAUAUUCCUGUUUUAUUUUGAAUUAAAAGGGAGUAACUGAA